AUGCCAAUUGACCGGUGGCGGGCGCAGGCGGCAGAAACCUACGGCACGGCGCUGAUCACGGGGUUCCUCAAGAAGAAGAAGAGGAAGCUGCCGGAGACGCCGGCGUUCGCAAAGCGGUACAAGCUGGAGCCGCCGGCGCCAAAAGUUGCGGUAACCCCAACAACCCCUCCGGUGCGAAGCUCUCCUAGGAAGCGGCAGACGGUCGCGGAAGAAGGGGGUGGGGCCCUGGCUUCCACCCCUAACGUGCUGGGGGUGGAAGAAACCGAGAAGACGAUCUCGGCAGGCGCCCUCCUCCAACUUCGGCGAGAGGGCCUCGCGAACGACCCGUGGGCCCAACACCCAGACACGGACGAGCUGGAGGACGACAGCUGGCUGCAAGAGGCGUUGGGGUCGACACGCUACCCCUUGAGAAACCGGAGGGGGAGAGCAGAACCCCACAGCCCGGUCAAAUGGUUUAGCCUGUGGUUGGACCCGCUGGGGGACAUCCCGGGGUUCGACAACGAAGACGAAUGGUACGAGCGGGUGCCGGUAGACGUGUCCCAGCUGGAAGGUGGGGGUGCGAAGCCGGAAGGAGCACUUGAGAAAGAAAAAAUUGAAAAGGAGAGCACGUCGAAACCCGAGCGGACGCGCGAGGAGAGCCCGGACAGAACCGAGACGCGCGGAGAGUCCCAGUGGGAGAGUCGGGUGCGCAGCACAAGCGAGACGGUGUCCGGCCUGCCACGAACAUGGCAAGGCCCGCCGGCACCUGAAGAAGGAGCUGGGGGGGAGCUGGUCACGAGGCAAAGGCUGAGUACGCCGGCUACAGAGGGGCGGAGUCAGGCUGGGGACGAGCAGACGUCGCCGGCAAAAGAGACGGCCCUUGUUGAUGAGAUGGAAGAGGAGUUCCCAAGGGAGGGGCAGGCGCAAGCGGAACCAGACGGGGAGGACCCGGGAGGGGGAGACGAGCUGGAGGAAGAAGCGGCGAGGGGCAGCGAUCCGAAAGGGGAGGACCUAGACGGAGACGAAGCGAUGGCAAGGGGUGAGCCAGCCGGGGAGGGUCGGGGAAAAGUACCGCCGGCGCAACCAGGGGCUCACGAGCAAGUGCAGAGAGAUGCAGGACCAAGUGCAGGAGGUGCGCCGCCGCCGCCGCUAGUACCGGCGCGGCAUAGGCGCAGGCUCACAAUCGCCAUGAUGCUUUGCAAGAGCCUGAAAGCGGCGAAGCACCGGCGGCGGGGCCACCUGACGGCGGAUCUGCUAGAGGACCAGUUGGCGUACGUUGAGGCGCACUGGCCGGUCAGCAUCCAGUUCGAAUGGGGAGUGCCAGAAGCCCCGGGCCCCUACCCGCCAGAGUGCGAGCAAGAUCCGCACUUCUCCCAUCCCGAAUCCCACACUAGCCGCUACAUGUACAGACGCCUCGGGUGCGAACCGCUGCCGGAGUGGGAGGUGUACUACCCGCCGGGGCACGUGCCCGAGGGGCUGCGGGUGCAUCCACCGCCGCCGCCACCGCCUCCACCGGCACAAAUGGCAGUCGCUUUCAAGGGGGCCGCGUCCUACCUCGAACUGGUAGAGCCCACGGCGCGCGCCCUGCUGGCGCAAGAGAUGAAGGGCCUACUAGCGUUCCGCAGGGACCGGCGGCUGGAGAGAGUAAAGGCGCCGGUGAUCCGAACGGAGGAGCGCAGGGUGUGGGUGAACGGCAAGCCGCUAACGGGGACAUCCAUCCUCGACACGGGAGCGAUGCCGUUGCUGAUCGGGAAGAAGGGGAUGAAGCAGCUCGGAUGGGGCAAAGAAGACAUCAUCCCUGACGGCGUGACGCUGGGGCUGGCGGACGGGAAGUCCCUCGAGCCAUUCCCCCUCACCCGAGAGCCAGUGGAGUUCGUUUUCAACAAGGGGACCUCAGCGGAGACCUCAAUCCGGGCGCGCGCAGUCGUGACGCAGGCGCCGUACGACUUUCUUGUGGGCAACGUUGUGUUGUGGUCAAUGGGAAUGGUCAUCAAUGCGUGGCGGGAGCAAGUGCGGUACCGAGUGGGGUGGCGCCAAGGCAGAGAGCGCGCGGGCGAGGCAGAGGGCUAUUUCCCGGUUGACUACGAGCGUAACGUGGGCAUGGGCACGCUCUCGCCGGCUUUCUAG